UGUAUCGAGCAAAGGAGGGCGGUGUAAAACGUUUUUUCUUCUGUUUUUGGAGACGGAAGACGCCGCACGUUACCAUAGUAACGCGUAUUCGUGCCCAUCUUCUUCGGGCGAUGAAGCGUUAAACAGGAAGUGCCAGAGAAUGCAGGUUUUGUCAGUUCAUCAACAUGCGGUACAGCGGUCUUCCAAAAAUAGAGGGCAUGGACUUCGAUAAGCUGCUUCCUUCGUCUGUGCCAGGAAUGAACGACACGGCUUGUCAUGACGGUACCAGUACUGAAACAAUGCCCUGCGGGGAUAAUCCCUGCUUGACGGCAGACUUGCAAGUAGAUAUAUCGGCGUCUGUCCCCAUUGGAGAAGGGAACUCGAUCAGCUACGGAAUGGUUCUGACAAUGGUGAUGCGCAUGUGCGGUACAGCCGGGGCCACGGGUUGCUCCCCUCUCACCAUGGACACAAGGAUGGGACCCCCUCAGGGCCCCAACAACGAACAGCAGACUAUCCGCGACUUGCUGGCCCAGAUGGCGCAAAAUAUGAAUCAGUCUGUGACCCCAGCUUUGUCCGGCCAGCAGUGCAUGUGCGACAGUGAUGGCUGUAACUCGGCGAAGUCCACCAUGUCGCUGGUGGAUGUGGCCCCCACUACUACCGCCGCCGCCACCACGGGGUCACCAGACACGGCCACCAAGGGGGACAAAAACGGCGGAGCUUCUCCGCACAGCGCCAUCUAUUGUUUCGUAUUGAUGGUCUUAAUUGCUGCCUUCAGCAUGUGAGGUUGGAUUAUGUGGAUGUAGAAACUGUCUAAAUAUGGACUAAAUAUUGUUAGUCAGAAAAAUUAUAUGAAUUGGAAUAAUCCAAGGUAGCCCAAGUUUCGCAAAUUAGCGUAAAAUCAAGCGAGGUUUGGAGGAGAGUAGGAUAAGAAACAAUUAAGGCGACGAGUGCGGCAACGAAUAAAAACUAACAGAAUCUAUCGACAUAUAUACUGAGUAGUUCUGGUUGUUUUCUUACCUCAUUUUCUAGUCUCAGUGCCAACAGUCUUAAACUAGGAUGGUUUCAAUUGAUAGAUAUACCGUAGAAAAUCAUUAAGGUUAUUUUGUGCUCGUUAACUUGGCAAUUGGAUACAUAUUGUUGAAUAGCACGUAGGUAAAAUAUGGCUAAAGUAAAUGUGGGGAGUUUUGUGUAGUACUCAUACAAUGCAACUUGGUAAGUUGAAUAUAUGCGCAGUUGAAAAUAAUAUCAAGAAUACAAAGUAAAUGAAGGCAUUCCGAGACUGUGUUUUUUUUUAAUUCUGGCUAUUUUCAACUGUGAUUAAUAGGGAAAUUAAUUUGGAACUACUUGUGUCACUGUUAUAGCUUGUGUCACUGCUCACUAAGUUUAAGGCUAG